AUGGCUACUCGUCUUCAGUUUCUAAACUUCGGUUGCUACUUAAUUCACAACAAUCUCCCUACACCUACUGAUGCUAAGCCACUAACAUUACUCCUUAACCGUAACAGUGGUGUUAGCUGGCCACGACAACUUCGAUGUCUUGCUACCAGUGCACACAACCAAGAAACUGCCAGACGUUCCGCCAAUUACCAACCUAGUUCUUGGAGUUACGAUGAAUAUUUGGUGGACACUACAACCAAUGACUCAAAAUUGAGAAUACAAGAGGAUGCUAGAAAGAAGUUGGAGGAAGAAGUGAGAAACGUGCUUGAGGAUGGGAAAUUGGAACCAUUAGCCUUGCUUGAGCUAAUCGACGAUAUUCAUCGUUUAGGGUUGGGUUACAAAUUCAGAGAAAGUACUAGUGCAUCCCUUGCUAUACUAAAGAUGUCUACUGGACAAGAAGCCUCAAACUCUAGCCUCCAUUCUUGUUCUCUCUAUUUUAGAUUAUUAAGAGAGCAUGGCUUUGACAUUACCCCAGAUGUUUUUGAAAAGUUCAAGGAUGAAAAUGGGACAUUCAAGGACAGCUUAGCUAAAGACGUUCGUGGGUUGUUGAGUUUAUACGAGGCUUCCUUUCUGGGAUUUGAAGGGGAGAACAUCUUAGACGAGGCAAGAGAAUUCACAACUAUGCAUCUAAACAACAUUAAGGAUAAGGUUGAUCCAAGAACUGCAGAAGAAGUGAACCACGCAUUGGAGCUUCCACUUCACCGAAGAGUGGAAAGGCUAGAGGCCAGGCGUAGAAUCCAAUCCUACUCCAAAUCGGGAGAGACAAAUCAAGCGUUAUUAACACUAGCAAAGAGAUUCAACACUGUUCAAGCUGUGUAUCAAAGAGAUCUACAAGAUGUUUCAAAGUGGUGGAAAGAUACCUCGUUAGCAGAUAAGUUGAGCUUUGCUAGGGACAGGCUAAUGGAGAGCUUCUUUUGGGCAAUUGGAAUGUCUUAUGAUCCUCAACAUAGUAAAAGUCGAGAAGCGGUGACAAAAACAUUCAAGCUUGUCACGGUCCUCGAUGAUGUUUACGAUGUGUAUGGCUCUCUCGAUGAACUUGAGAAAUUCACUGCUGCUGCUGAAAGAUGGGAUGUUGAUGCAAUAAAAGAUCUUCCAGACUACAUGAAGUUGUGCUAUCUUUCUCUUUUCAACACUGUCAACGACUUAGCAUAUGAUACCUUAAAGGACAAAGGAGAAACUGUCAUUCCUAUCAUGAAGAAAGCGUGGGCAGAUUUAUUGAAAGCAUUCUUGCAAGAAGCACAAUGGAUCUACAACAAAUACACUCCUACCUUUGAUGAAUACCUCAACAAUGCACGUUUUUCUGUGUCUGGUUGUGUCAUGUUAGUUCACUCCUACUUCACCACUCAGAACAUCACAAAGGAAGCAAUUCAUUCCUUGGAGAACUACCAUGAUCUUUUAAUCUGGCCGUCCAUAGUUUUCCGCCUUGCUAACGAUUUGAGCUCUUCUAAGGCGGAAAUAGAGAGAGGAGAAACAGCAAACUCGAUUACAUGCUAUAUGAAUGAGACUGGACAGUCGGAGGAGCAAGCUCGGGAACACAUUAGUAAACUAAUUGACGAGUGCUUUAAGAAGAUGAACAAAGAGAUGCUAGCUACUUCAACUUCACCAUUUGAGAAAUCCUUCAUAGAGACUGCAAUAAAUCUUGCUCGAAUUGCUCUGUGCCAAUAUCAGUAUGGUGACGCUCACAGUGAUCCUGAUGUUAGAGCAAGAAAUCGGAUCGUGUCAGUUAUCAUAAAUCCGGUUGAAUAA